CCAGCGUGGGGCGGGGGCGAGACCGCGCCCUCGAGCUCAGUCCCGCCUCUUCAUUGUCCUGCUCCCCUCUCCAACACCCCCCCCAUUGGCCCGCCCCUAGCCUUGGCUCACUCUUUCUUGAGCAAACCGGAACCUGCCCUCUCCAGGGAUUCCCGCCGUGUUCCUGGCUAAGUGGAUCCUGGCACCCUCGGAGGGGUGGCCGCCGAAGAAUUCCUGCAUGUCUCAGAAAAGCUGUCUUUCACUCCGUCAGCGCAGUGCUGUGUAUGUGUGACUUGCCUUCACCAAGCGGCAGCACAGCCGGCCGUGCCUGGGAGAGCCAUGCUUUACAACGUCAGCCACAGCAAAGGUGUGCUCUAUGCAGAUACAGCCCUGAAGGGGCAGGAUGGGGACAGGGAAAGAGCGUGGGUAGGAGUCGAAGGAGCCCUGGCUCCCAAUACCUCCUCCCUAUUUCCCCCUGAGCCUCCAGGGGCCUCAAGCAACAUCAUUCCUGUCUACUGUGCUCUCCUAGCUACUGUGGUCCUUGGUCUGCUGGCCUAUGUGGCCUUCAAAUGUUGGCGCUCACAUAAACAAAGACAACAGUUGGCCAAAGCUCGGACUGUAGAGCUAGGGGACCCUGACAGGGACCAGCGACAUGGUGACAGUAAUGUCUUCGUGGACUCUCCUCACUGUCUGGAGCCCUGUAUCCCCAGCCAAGGACCACAUCCUGACCUCGGUUGCCGACUUUACCUGCAUAUUCCGCAGCAGCAGCAGCAGGAGGUCGAGCGACUCUUGAUGUUGGGUGAACCUGCCAAAGGCUGGCAGCAGCUGGCAGGCCACCUGGGCUACCAAGCUGAGGCUAUAGAAGCCAUGGCCUGUGGCCAGUCACCAGCCUAUACCCUGCUAAGGGACUGGGCUACCCAAGAAGGCAGCAGAGCUACCCUCAGAGUGCUAGAGGAUGCCCUGGUUACCAUAGGCCGAGAAGAUGUGGUCCAGGUUUUGGGCUCACCGGCUGAGGGCUGCUCUGUGGUUUGAGUGACACUCCCCAGGGCUGCCUACACUGGCACUACUUACCAUUCUCACUGCCUCGGGUUCCCUUCAUGGACUUCCUAGUACUUCUGGCUUUAGAAGUUCUGCAGAACACAGAAGAUCCAGCCACUUCAUGUCCCUUCCCCCUCUUCUCCAAGACAGGAAGCAGAAUAUGGGGGGAUGGGUAAGAGUAGGGCACGGCUCUACCCACAGAUCCCCCAUUCUGCCUCCCUUUAUGUAGCUCCAGCUAUUUUUUUUUUUUUUUUUUUGGUUUUUCGAGACAGGGUUUCUCUGUGGCUUUGGAGCCUGUCCUGGAACUAGCUCUGUAGACCAGGCUGGUCUCGAACUCACAGAGAUCCGCCUGCCUCUGCCUCCCGAGUGCUGGGAUUAAAGGCGUGCUCCACCAUUGCCCGGCCAGCUAUUUUUUUCUAUUUUUUUUAAAAUCACAUAUU